AUGUCGCCCAUCUACAGCACCCUAAAAAACACCCAUGGGGAUGAUGAGCCUUUUCUCGAUGAGCAUGCACACCAGAAACGACCGUUACGUGUACAAGAAAGGCGCAGAAGAAUCCCACAGUGGAUCUCGGUCCUGAAAGAUCUUUCCCUGAUUGCCCUCGCUGGGUCUGCUAUACUCUUGACGAACCGUCACUCCUUCGUCAGCGACAAGCCCGGACCUUGUGACUGUGGCGACUCAGUCGCGGAAGCCAAGUCGUUGGGUUGCGAGUACGACACCAUGGCAGCAGCCUGGUUGCCUCCCCACUGCACGGACAAAGAUCUGGUGGCCGAAUUCGACAAGGACGGCGAUGGACCAGAUGGGCGAUGGCAGUACUGGGCGGAUGCCAAUCACACGAUGGAGCUUACUUUGGAGGAGGUUGGCAAUCUCGCAGACACACCUGGCAAGCUCUUCUGGACAACUCCCCGCUGGCAUUUCAUGCACUGCUUCUACUACUGGCGGAAAUUACAGAGAUCUCACACCACGGGUGUCAAGAUAGAGGCGAGGUAUGACAAUGAAAGGCAUGUGACACACUGUGGGAAGAUGUUUAUGAACCCUGGCAUGGAGGCAUUCUCGUAUGUUGAGUUAAAAAGUAGUAACACAGAGCCACCGGAAUUCGCAAAGCACCUCGGUGAGCAGUGA